AUGGCAUCUACCUCUCUCUUGCAAUCUCCCAAUCUCUUCCUCAAACCCCAAAACCCCAACCCCCAAACCAAGCCCCAUUUCCCCACCACCACCAUCAAAUGCUCCUCCUCCUCCUCCACCCCCCCACCACAACCACUCGUUCCAAAGCCUCCUUCUCCUCCUCCUCCCUCCCACCACCCCCACCACAACAUUCGCGACGAAGCUCGCCGCCACAACACAACCCACAACCACCAUUUCUCCGCCCACUACGUCCCCUUCAACGCCGACCCUUCCUCUGCUGCCGCCGCCGACUCUGAGUCCUACUCCCUCGAUGAGAUCGUCUACCGAUCCAACUCCGGCGGCCUCCUCGACGUCCAGCACGACAUGGCCGCCCUCAAGAACUACGACGGCAAGUACUGGCGCGACCUCUUCGACUCCCGCGUCGGCAAGACUACCUGGCCCUACGGUUCCGGCGUCUGGAGCAAGAAGGAGUGGGUCUUACCCGAGAUCGACAGCGACGAUAUCGUCUCCGCCUUCGAAGGUAACUCCAAUCUCUUCUGGGCUGAGCGUUAUGGCAAACAGUUUCUGGGCAUGAACGAUUUGUGGGUCAAGCACUGUGGGAUUAGCCACACCGGAAGUUUUAAGGACUUGGGCAUGACUGUUUUGGUAAGCCAGGUGAACCGGCUGAGGAAAAUGAACCGCCCUGUGGUCGGCGUCGGCUGUGCCUCCACCGGAGACACAUCUGCCGCCCUAUCGGCCUAUUGCGCCGCCGCUGGAAUCCCCUCGAUUGUAUUUUUGCCGGCCAAUCGGAUUUCGCUGGCUCAGCUGGUUCAGCCGAUUGCCAAUGGGGCGUUUGUGUUAAGCAUUGAUACUGACUUUGAUGGGUGUAUGCAGUUGAUUCGGGAAGUCACGUCGGAGCUGCCGAUUUAUUUGGCCAACUCUUUGAACAGUUUGAGAUUAGAGGGUCAGAAAACCGCCGCUAUAGAGAUUUUGCAGCAGUUUGAUUGGGAAGUGCCUGACUGGGUUAUAGUUCCUGGGGGCAAUUUGGGAAAUAUAUAUGCCUUCUAUAAAGGGUUUCAUAUGUGCAAAGAGUUGGGGCUAGUUGAUAGGAUCCCUAGGCUUGUUUGUGCCCAAGCUGCAAAUGCAAACCCAUUGUACUUGCAUUACAAGUCAGGGUGGGAUCAAGAGUUCAAGCCUGUGAAGGCCAACACUACUUUUGCAUCCGCCAUCCAAAUUGGUGACCCCGUUUCGAUUGAUAGAGCCGUGUAUGCACUGAAGAACUCGAAUGGGAUUGUGGAGGAAGCCACUGAGGAGGAGCUGAUGGAUGCCAUGGCUCAAGCUGACUCCACUGGCAUGUUCAUAUGUCCUCACACUGGUGUGGCAUUGACUGCAUUGAUUAAACUUCGGAACAAAGGGAUCAUAGGCGUGAACGACCGGACCGUGGUGGUGAGCACGGCUCAUGGGUUGAAAUUUACGCAGUCGAAGAUCGAAUAUCAUUCGAAUGAUAUUAAGGAUUUGGCUUGCCGGUUUGCUAACCCGCCAGUGCAAGUGAGGGCGGAUUUCGGUUCCGUGAUGGAUGUUCUGAAGACGUAUUUGUUGAGCAAGGCCCCGAAAACUUAG